AUGCCGCUGUCGCAUUUGGCUGCAGCGGCAGGAAAAGAAUGGCCUCCAUUCUCCCCCUCGUUUCAUCUGCUGGCAGCGUGCGUGCUGGCGCUGCUGGCAGCAGCAGUGGCCAACGCAGGGGGCGUGGGGGGCGGCGGUCUCUUUGUGCCGCUUUUCAACCUUCUCCUCGGAUACGACGCCAAGUCCGCCACUGCCCUCUCCAAAGCCAUGAUCAUGGGCGGAGCAAUCGCAAGUGCGUGCUUCAACCUGCCCUUGCAGCAUCCCUUCCAUCCCCACCUCCCCCUCAUUGACUUCCGGGUGGCGCGGCUGAUGCAGCCCAUGCUGCUGCUGGGCAUCAGCAUAGGCAUCUCGUGCAACGUCGUCUUCCCACCAUGGCUCCUCACUGCUCUCCUCACUCUCCUCCUAUCGUGCAUGGCAGGGAAGGCGGCGCAGAGGGCAGUGGAAAUGAUGGUGGCAGAGGCGCAUUUGGCAGCAGUGUGCCUGCAUGACUCACGUGGCACGCACUGCGCCGCCACGCCCCUCUCUCUCACCAUUCCCUGGCUGCUGGAGGCCCCAUCCUCUAUGGCCCAUCAUCCUGGCCUGUCAUCAUCAUCAUCAGGUGCACUGAUAGCAACGCACAUGCAUCAUCAUCAACAAACCCUGCCCACUCGUGCCAAAGCCGCACAGUCGUUCUGGUGGCCUGUGCUGGUAAGAGCAGCACGCGCAUCUCGGCACCUUGGAGGUCGGCAGCAGCAGCAACAGCAGAAGCAGCAGCAGCAGCAGGAGCAGCAGCAGCAGCAGCAGCAGCAGCAGCAGCAGCAGCAGCAGCAGCAGCAGCAGCAGCAGCAGCAGCAGCAGCAGCAGCAGCAGCAGCAGCAGCAGCAGCAGCAGCAGCAGCAGCAGCAGCAGCAGCAGCAGCAGCAGCAGCAGCAGCAGCAGCAGCAGCAGCAGCAGCAGCAGCAGCAGCAGCAGCAGCAGCAGCAGCAGCAGCAGCAGCAGCAGCAGCAGCAGCAGCAGCAGCAGCAGCAGCAGCAGCAGCAGCAGCAGCAGCAGCAGCAGCAGCAGCAGCAGCAGGACCAGCAAUACAAGCACUUGGAGCAGCAUCCAACGCAGCACAGUCAGGCCAGCUGCAUGCCGGGUCAGCAGCCACAGCCGGUGCUAGCGAUGGCAGCUGUGGCAGCGGUGGUAGUGGUGGCAGUAGUGGCAGCAGGGGAUGGCACAUGCUGCUGCCAUGCUGCAUGUGAGGAGGGGUACGCAGGGAGUGCUGAUUAUGGAGGUGGUGGGGGUUCUGGCAAGGGCAAGCGCCACCGCACGUGGAUUGCUGUGAAUCUUCUGGAACCUCUGGCCUCUCUCUUUGCCUGCGGUGCCACAUCGGCGCGCCUCUCACCCUGUGACGUGGAGUGUGUGUGGGAGAUGGCAGCAGUGUGGGCUGCCUUUGUGGCGCUGCAGGUGGCCAAGACACGCGCCCUUGCAUGCUCUGUCACGUACUGGCUGCUAGACCUGCUUCAGCUUCCAGUCGCUCUGGUAGCCACAGCAGCAGUUGCUGCACGGAGGGACUACAGCAUCUCGCUCUCCCCUCCCCGCUCCCACGCCCACUCCCACUCCCACUGCCACUGCCACUCGCACCAGAACAACUCCCCUGUACACACACCCUCUGUUCAUAUGCACGAGCCCCCCACCUCCUGCUCCCCUUGCCCAUCUCCCACAAACACAUUCGUUGCAUCUUCUGCCUCCCCGCCUGCCUCCUCCCCCCAAUCCCCGCUCCUCGCAUCCCUCUCAACCCCUGGUUACUCCACCUUCCAGCCUCCAUCCCCGGAGGUGGUGUAUCCGCUGUCAGCUCUGCUUGCUGGGUGCAUGGGCGGGCUGCUGGGAGUGGGCGGCGGCAUGGUCAUGGGACCAGUGCUGCUGGAACUAGGCAUGCUGCCUCAGGUAUCCUCCGCCACAUCCUCAUUCAUAGUCCUCUUCUCCUCCUCCCUCUCAGUCCUCGAGUUCUACCUCCUCGGCCGCAUCCCCAUCCCACCAGCGCUCCUCUUCUCUCUCAUAGCAGCGCUAGCAGCCCUCCUGGGCCUGUCCACCAUCCGAGCCCUGGUGGUGCGCUCUGGCCGGACGUCUCUCAUCGUGCUCUUCCUCUCGCUUGUGAUAGCCGCCAGUGCUGUGCUGCUAGGGGCGCUAGGGGUCAUGAGAAUACGCAGUGAUUGGGAGUCGGGUGCACCGAUGGGCUUCAGGGCAUUCUGCGGUGAAACCUGGUGA